CAAAUAUCUCAACCCAGUUUUCCCAACUACCAAAUUUCAGGCAUCAACAAGCAAACACCACCACCAUGUCAAAGAGGUGGACCCCCGAGCUCGACUCAAUCCUCCUCCACGGCGUCUUCGAAGAAUGCCAGAUCUCCUUCGGCAAAGCGCUCUGCGAGAAGAUUGCUGGACGCGUCCGCGCCACUGGAAUUGAGGGCUUCGCCGAAUGCACACCCAAAGCCGUCGAGAACCGCCUCUACUCUUGGAAGAAGAAGAACGUGAGUACAUCCACCAGCAACGGCGAGACUCCUGCGUCCACUCCCAAGAAGGCAGCCACGAAGCCAAAGAAGGAGCCUGGAACAUUGAAGUCUCCUAGGGCAAAGAAGGGUUCGGGGAAGGAGAAGGCCGAUGAGGAGGAGGCGGGUGAUGAGGAGUUGAAGAGUCCGUCGCAGGGUCGUAAGCGUGCGAACGAGAGUGAAGAGAGGGGUGAGGAGAAGAAGGUUAAGAUUGAGCCGAGUGAUGUUAAGGAGGAAGAUGUUUGA